AGGCGGGGUCAUUCGAGGUCAUUUCCUUUUCUUUCAAUAUGGCAAUGGACAACGUCAAAAAAUUUGCUGGCCAAGCUGGCACAUUUCUCUCGAGAGCGAAACAGUACACAGAGGAGAAGCUCGGCAAUGCAGAGAAGACAGAGUUAGACGCUCGCUUUGAGAACUUACUCCAGAGAGCAGACCGAACUCGACAAUGGACAGAAAUGAUCUUGGCCAAAAUGGGAACUGUACUAGAACCAAACCCAAAUUCCAGGCUAGAGGACUAUGUCAACACGAAGCUAGACCGCCGCACAAGAGACAGAGAGAGCAAUAGUGAGCAGUUUGGAGGUGCAAUGAUCGAUGCAGGGAAUGAGCUUGGCCCAGGAACACAGUAUGGUGCAACACUAAUCCAGGUUGGACAGAGCCAGAGAAAGAUUGGUCAGAUCCAGAGAGAGUACAUUCAGUCAUCGCUGUCAAACUACAUAGUACCACUCAGAACCUUCCUAGAGGGCGAUAUGAAAACCAUUACGAAAGAGCGCAAAAUUCUGGAAAAUGUCCGGCUGGACCUUGAUGCCGCCAAAGGGAAGGUCAGAAAGGCUCGAUCUGCUGAGGCCUCCAAAACAGCUGAAACUGAUCUCCGUAAGGCCCAGGCAGAUUUCGACCGACAGUAUGAAAUUACCACAUUGCUCCUCGAAGGGAUCACUAGUGCACAUUCAACUCACUUGGAACGUUUGAAGGACUUUGUCGAGGCCCAGCAGACAUACUAUGCUCAGUGCAGCCAAACCAUGGCUGAGCUGCAGCAGCAACUUGGAAACAUACCGGGUUCAAUGGGUAGUAUCAGGCCGCCACGCCCUGCCUCGGGCCCCCCUCAGGGUGUGGCUACCACCACGCCCAUGCCCACAGCCCCACCCCUCGAUACGAUGCUCCCAGAGGAUAAGUCGCGGCCGCAGAAAGGGGUCCGGAAAGCCAAAGUCCUUUACGAUUACGAUGCGGCAGAUGAUUCUGAACUAUCACUUCUUGCCGAUGAGGUCAUAAAUGUCUACAGCAUGCCUGGCAUGGAUCCCGACUGGAUGGUUGGAGAGAGGGGUUCGCAGAGGGGGAGGGUGCCGCUCACGUACAUAGAAGUUCUGUAGUCACCAUAUUCGCUGGGAUGGGAUGGGUUAAGUAUAGUCAAGGAUGUUCAACCUUACGCAAACAGUUACCUGAAGAAUUCUCAAAAUUUAGAAUCUUAAUGUUUUCAGCCCUGCUGAUAAUGUUUUUAACAUACCAGCGUAGGAAAUAUGUGAGGAUGAUCAAUGAUUUUGCCCUCAUGACAGCCCAAAUCUCCACAAACUUCACAAUAUUGCCAAAUGAUUUUUGGGGUGACAAGCAUUUCUGAAGUCACACCAGGAUCUUCCAGCUUUAUGGAUCACCCCUCCCCUCCUUCAGAAUACAAGGGGAUACCAAAUGGAUUGAAAAAUAAGAAUCGUAAUUACCGAUAUAUUAAUGUUUCUACUGAUGCAAGAAAAGCUAUUGAGAAUUGAAUUUAAUCUUAUUUAUCUUGCCAUAUGGAAUUUAUUCUUAAAAUCCAUUCAUAAAAUCACAAACAGCUGUAUUUCAUAUUCCCCUAUCAGAGUGCGCUGAUACAACAAAACUAAGAAUUGAUAAUUUGCAUAGCUAUAUUUAAACUAAUGCUAUUCAAUUGAUUGAGAAUGAAUUACAUUUAGACUGCCAUAUGGUAGCCAUUCUUAGAAUUCAUUUGUAACUUCACAAACAACUUUAUGAAACACUUACUUGCCUCCCCGCAGAAUACAAAGACGCAAAAUAGAUACAAAAGUGAGAAUGGUAAAUUACAGGAUAGUAAUAUAUUUACUGAUGCAAUUAAUAUCUUUGAUAUUGAAAAUCACAUUGAGCUUGCCGUGACAAAUGGCUGUCGGUGAAAAAGUUGUUUAUGAAAACCCUUCUUCAGCAAAAUACUGUUCAUGUGACACUUGGUCCUUCUGAAUCACAUGCUUGUGGCAAAUUGCCCUUGAAUAUUAUGAGAACUUCACCUUGUAUCUGAGAGUUACCCUGAGUUUGGUUUCUCAUUACCAAUAAUCUUAGCUCUUCUCCAGGCCUGGGGCUGAAGGACCAUCAACACUAAUAAUUCUAUACCUAAGUGUAGCAUUUUACUUAUUUGAGUGGUUUCAUCUCUUAAGAAGCUAGAUGCCUGAAGCCCAGGUGGCAUAGGAGGGGACAUGUAAUGUAUUAAGUGUCAUGGCGUAGUGGUUCUGACAUGUGUCACCUAACCUGAGGGCCAUGGGUUCAAUUCCACCGCGGGCCUUAAUAUCCUUCCGCAAGGAAUACUUCCAUUUUGUGCUGCACUCAACCUAGGUGAGGGAAAAUUGGGACCUGGCAGGAAUUUGUUUCUCAUAAAGCAUGACAGCUACUCUGCUAAAGCCAGGAUAUUUAUGCUCCUUUGCUGCAGAGACUUCUGAUAAAGAAAGUGCUUAGCACUAUAUUAGCAACUAUGAUUAUUAUUACAAGGGUUCAAGCCAAAAUGAUUGAUUUGCUGAGGCAUUUAUCCUCAUUACCAGGUUAAUAAUGAUAGUAAUAAUGAUAAUAAUAAUAAUGAUGAUAGUGAUAAUAAUAAUAAUAAAAAACCCACAAAGUUUCCUCAUGACAAUAAUAUUUUCAUAGGUCUCUUGGAUAGCACUAAAAGUUGUUGGUUCUCCUUUUCCUGACAUAGCAACAUCUUAAGUAUCAUAAUUGUACAUGUAUUAUGCUGCAUGAGUAUCAGGUACAACUCAUAUCUGUGGUUUUGUAGCUCUAUAGAUGGUUGUAAUGACUGGCAUUUCUAUUUUAGUAGUGAAAUCAUUAUACAUGAUUUACGUACACAGGUGGCAUUUAUGCAUAUUAUUCGUGUACAUACAAACAAAUUGUGGGAAUAUGUACAUGUACAUGUAUUUAUAAUAAACUCAUCCAAACAUAUGUCUCCUAUGGCAUUCUCUUUAUACCAAUUAACCAUAUUUUGGCCAAAUCAUAUUUGGAAAAUAUUUGACAGGCCUGAAUGAUCUAAACUUGAUCUCAAACAAAAUACGCUCAGGUGAUUUUCAAUUUCUGCUUACAUUCAGAGAUUUUUGAGGUGAAACGUUUAUCAGAUUAAGUCUAAGGUUGGACAUCCUUAUGAAAAAAAAUACCAAAUACUGUUUAUAUAGUAAUAAUGAAAUGGUUAUGCAUAGAUAUUUCUAUUGUUUUAAAUGUAAAAUUUAGUUAUAUUAUAUAGUUAGCUGCUAGCAUAGCUGGUGUAUUUGUGUAUAGAUAAUGCUCUUUAGCUACGAAUCAUUUGUGAUGAAUCCUACAUGUGGUACUUUAAUGACCAAAUUAUCUAGAUCAAGCCAUGAGCUUUGCCAAGUAUAUGUGUUCAUUAGUUGCAUCUGUUAGUAUGUAGUUCAUAUCAUGAUAUUUCCCCAAUUUUAUGGCAAUCUUGGUAUGACCCGAAUAAUAGAACAAGCUAUUUUUUGUUGAAAACAUGAAAUCCCCAACAUUUAUAGAGGCUCUGCAUGUGGUUAUAAAGUUCAUGAAUCGACUUGUUUUUGUUCCAUCAUGGUGGAUUAAAUGACUUUGUAAUGCAUUUUUUCCAAAUAUUAUUUUGGCUUUAUCGUAGCAUAAUGAUAUUCAAAUAUCUUUAAAUGAAUUCAAUGGAAAAAUCUUUAAACUUUAAAACUUGUAUUUUCCGCAGACCUAUUGUAUUGUGUAUUUAUGUAGCUUUUCUUCUACGGAAUAGCUGGGAUACUUUUUGGUUAAUAACACAAGUUCUUAACAAUAACUGUAUGGUUAUUUUAUUAUUAUUAAUAUUGUUAUUAUUAUGAAUAUUAUCAUUAGUAUUGUCAUGAUGAUCAUUAGUAUUGUUAAUGUAUAUUAUCAAAAGAGAGAAAGAGAAACAAAAAAUUCCAAGUAUUCCAUCCUUGUUAAUAAUUGAUCCUUUCUCCAAUUCUAUCCCAUUAUUUUGAAAUGAGAAAUGCAUAUUACCUAGUGGACAGUUGCUACAGCUCCGAUCUGUUUACUAGUCCUUGCAAACAGUUUCAUGUACAUGUAGUUUUUUCUUCAGUUGAAUAGAAUGUUUUACAUAUAUAUUGAUGCUUGUGUGGGGGCUAUACUUAAUAUGAUUUUCUGUUCAAUUAUAUUCUUAGCCAUUCCAUAUUGAGUAGCCUAAUAUCUCCAUAGAAGUGUUUAAUAUACAACCACCAAAAUAUUACUCUUUUAUUAGUGUAAGAUAUUAAAGUGCAAUUACAUAAUAUCCAUAUAAGGUAGUUCAUUUUGGUUUAAGAUUAUAUACCAAAACUUCUUUUCCUCAAUUCUUGCUCACUGGUCUCACAAAGAAAGGAUGUGUGGUAUGGGAGGUAUUAUUGAAAAGACAUAAAUGUAUGUAUUUUUUGGUGAAGAAUAUUAAAUAUUAUACACUGCAUGAACAAUUUGUAUGUACUUAGAAACUAUAUGAAAUAUUAUUGCAUUUUGUUUGUUAAGUUAAGCCAUACUUCUGGUAUAUCAAUUCAACUACUCGACUUAGAGAUGUACGUGUAGUACAAUCUGAUGUAGUUUUCCAAAUCUGUUGUUUUUUAAUGUACAUGUACAGUGUAUGUAUAAUGUAUUAAUUAAAUCUGUUGCUUGUUUUGCUUACAAUGGUGUUGCAUUUUUAAAGAACCAGUAGGAAUGUAAUGGAAUUUUUUGCAUGCACUACUACAUCAAAUUUACCACUGAAGAUUAAAAUUUCAUAUAUGUUUUAAUUUUAUUUAUUUAAUGAUAAUAAUUACGAUGUAUAUAUAUAUCAGAAAAUAAACCAAAAUUGAAUUAUUGUGAGAAGAUGUACAUGUAUGUGUCAGUGAUGAGUACACAGAAAAUAAGGGCAUGUGAUAUUCAAUGAACACAAAUUGUAACAACCUUUUGUAAAAUUAUACAAACAUUGUCCUUUCCCGAUUGAUUUUUUGUAAUGGACCACAAUAUGGACUCGUACAGUGCAACACCAUUGCGAAUGGGCAGCUUAUUUCACAAUGUCCACCAAAUUUCUUCCAAACUAUUGAAAACUCAAUGUAUAUCUACCAUUGGACAAAUUUAUAGUCCAAUUUUUAGCCAUGCGUAUUAUGUGGACAUUGAAAAUACAUUAUGAUGUAUCGAGGGUGAAGCAGAUCACUUAGAAUGUGUAUUAAGGUAUGAAUAACAAAAUAGACUUGUACUAAUAUAAAGGUAUGAUAAAUCAAAA